AAAACAGGGACAGGGAACCAGGCUACCGAUUGAUAAAACUUGGUUAGUGGGAGAUUUACGGAGACAGCCGAGUGUCAUGUUGAACGAGACGGAAUAUGCAAAUCUUGCCGAUUGCGACACGUCCGGGAUAUUGCACCACUCUUCACAAAUGUUACUUAUAUAAGUCGCACAAAGAUAUGAGGAUAUGUUUCAUUUCAAUUUAAGGUUAAAGUACAGUCAAGAAGAACUAACCAUUGUUUUGAACAGUGGAAUGAUAUUCCAAAUAAACCAGACAUGGAUACAUAAAGUGUCAUGAUUUAAAAAAAAGUGACCUGAGAUUACCUUUUAUUUAAGAGAAAUGCAUUCCAGCUAGUGUGAUAAGAACUAUCUAAGACUGGUGGAUUAAAGCACAGAGUGAGUGCCUUUCAGGAUGUCAGAAUUUGAAAAUGUUCUAAGACAGCUUGGGUCCUUUGGAGCCUACCAGAGGCGUGUAUUUAUACUGGUUAGCAUGUUUGAGACCCCUGCAGCCUGGGCAAUGCUUCUCCCGAUUUUUCUGAAUGUUGUACCAGAGUGGAAUUGUCCAGAACUCAGUGAUGCUACUGUCACUCUAAUGUACAAUUCAUCACGGGGAAAAAAUGUUUCAAUAUCAGCAGAACAGUGCUCAGAAAGUGACACUCUUUGUGCUGGAGCUGUGUUUUCUGGAGAAAUCCAUUCCAUUGUCAGUGAGUGGUCACUGGUGUGUGACAGGAUGAAAAUCCCCAGUAUCAUCACCACGAUCCAGAUGUGUGGCCUGCUUGUCGGAGCUCUCCUUAUGGGACAACUGGCUGACAUCUUUGGUCGCAGAAAGCUUCUGUAUAUUGCCUAUUCACUGCUACUGGUCUUUUCUCUAGGCAGUGCAUUUGCUAAUUCAUGGCAGUUAUUCGCUGCCUUUAGGUUUUUCAUUGGUGGACUUGUGGGAAGUGUGAUGGUGGUGAAUUUUGUGCUGCCUCUAGAGUUUGUGACCCCUGAUUGGAGGACAUUCUGUGGGUGUGUGGGGUUCUGGGCCGUCGGCUUGAUGACCCUGGCAAUCUGGGGGUACUUCAUUACCAACUGGAGAUACCUCAUUAUAAGUACCUCAGUUGCAGGUGUAUUCAUGCUUUUUUCAUGGUGGUUUGUACCAGAAAGUCCAAGAUGGCUGCUGAGCAAAGGAAGAUUCUAUGAAGCAGAGGCUGUUUUGAAAAAGAUGGCAGAAUAUAAUGGAAUUAGUUUACCAGACCUGUCUACAUUAGAAAUGGAGUCUGAGGUCAGAAGUCAACCUGAGAAAAGAUAUAAAAACUUCAGUUACUGGCAUUUAUUUAGGACUUGGAGGAUGUCCAAAAAUUCUCUCAUAGUCAUGUAUGGCUGGUUUGUUUCAAGCUCAGUGUAUUAUGGGUUAAACUUCAACACGAGCAACUUAGCAGGGAAUCUACACCUGAAUGUGUUCAUUUCAGGCCUAGUAGAAAUUCCAGCCUUAGUUUUUGUAGUGGCAUUUAACAAUCGAUUUGGAAGGAGGAAAAUCACCCUGUCUCUGAUGUUAUUGGCAGGAAUCUCAUGUAUAGCUGUUCUAGUCAUUUCAUUAAUAGAUGAAUCUCAGAUUGUCCCUAUAAUUGUUGUUGCGAUGAUUGGGAAGUCCGCUAUAUCUGGUGGAUGGGCGGCCACUCAGGUGUUUUCUGCCGAGACCUUCCCAACAGUGAUUAGGAAUAUUGGUAUAGGGGCCUGUGCCAUGUCAGCCCGGAUAGGAGGGAUUGCCGCUCCACAGUUUGUACGACUGAGUAAAGGUUCAUUAGAUGUGCUUCCAUUUGCUGUGUUUGGGGGCCUUGCACUGUUGUGUGGAUUUCUGAUGUUAUGUCUCCCAGAAACCAACAAACAACCCCUCAAAGACCACAUAGUGACUGUCCCUGACCCAAACAACAGGGUCAAGGUCAAUGGAGUGUCACAGGAAGAGAUACACUUAGAAAGCGGGGAUUCUUAACAUUGUCAUAAUAAUUAUCAAAUAUACAAUUAGUAUUGAUCAAAUUUUCAUGAUCAUAUAUAUUUUAGAUAAUCUUUUUUUUAUUUUAAAAGUCCAACAUUUUCAAAAAUUGUUUUGAGGGCUUUCUAGUACAUGAUGAGUUUUUUCCUUAUCAUAUCUCAAAGUAAAUCCUUGCCAAAAUAAAAAUUGAACUUGUUUUACUACAAAAAAGAUCUCAU